AUGGGGCUCUCCGGAACAGCAGUUCUCACUGUGUUAGUGGCAUUAUCAGCAGGCUGCUACGUUUAUGGGAUGGAUACAAUUCUAGAAAUGGUAGUGAACUUCCAGCCCACACUGAUGGGGGUGACCAAGGCCCUACUUGGGGUAGCAGGGGUGACAGCAAUGGCUGCCACCCUCUGUAACAUGCCUGUGUCGUGGUUCAUGUCAUCAGAUAAAGCCACACUAAACUACUUAGAGAAGGCCAAGAUACAGACUUUAGAUUCUCAACCAAGAAAUAUCACAGCAUCAGAAUUGUGGAAAAAAAAUGGUGUGGUCAUGAUGGCUGUAAGACGGCCUGGAUGAUCUUUGUGUAGGGAGGAGGCCCUCGGGCUCUCCUCCCUGCUGGAAGACCUCAACACUCAUGGAGUGAAGCUGUAUGGUGUCGUACAUCAAACUCUGGGUGUCAAGGAUUUCCAGCCAUUUUUCAAAGGUGAAAUUUUCUUGGAUACUGAAAAAAUCUUUUAUGGUCCCAAAGAAAGAUGGAUGCCGUUAUUUGGUUUAUUUCGUGUGAAUUUUGUACAAAAUCUUAUCAGAGUGUAUAGGAAGAAAAUUCCAGGCAAUAUGGAUGGUGAGGGACGAUUAAUGGGAGGUGUGUUUGUGAUUGGACCAGGUAACCAGGGUAUCCUUUACCAGCACCAGGAGAGAGAGUUUGGAGAUCAUGCUGAACUGGAAGAGGUGCUGAAGGCAGUCAAAAAUAUCAAAACACCUCCCUCCAAUCUAUAAGUCACUUCAGAAUUGCUAAAAAUUUCGUGAACAAAUAUUAAACAUAGUCCCUAAUUAAAAUAUUCUUGAUUCAAUUUAUAUUUAGUUUUUUUUUUUUUUUUUUAGUUUUUCUAUAUUUGAAAAUAUAGUCCAAAUCUGUUACUUGUUACAUGUCCUGUGUCUAUCCUGCAGACUACAUGUACCUGGUUUUAACAGUUUCAAUGCUUCCUUUUAAUUAAGAAUAUCUGAUCGUCAUACAGCAGGUAUUUUAUGAUCUGCUGAUUUUAUUCAGUGUUUUUUUAAUGGAUAAACUUCAACUUUAACUUGUUUAAUAACACUUUGUAUUUUAUUUGUAACACUUCAUCAUUUUGAUAAAAUUUUGGUAUAAUUUAUUUUCUAUAUCUGAUAUCAUGAUCAUCUGGUAGUGUUGUGAAAAUUGAGAAUUUAUCUCCCUUGUUGGAAAAACUGAGGAUUUAUGUCUCCCCUGUUGGAAAAGUUGAGGAUUCAUUUUUCCCAUUGGAAUCAUAGCUGAUGAGUAUAAUCACGAUAUAGGUACAAUUGCCAGCAGGAUUCCUUCAAUCAUUUCAAGCUAGCUUCUCAUGUUUUUGAUACCCUUGUUUGAAAGCUAUCAUUUAUAACUUUGUUGACCUAUCAUAUUCCUUAAAGACAUUAUUUUGAUCAAACAAUAAGGAUAUCAGUUGAUAUUAUAGAUUUUUCUAUUAUGAGCAAUUGUUAUGCAAACUGCGUAAUAUUUGCGUUAUUUUUAUUUCAUUUCUACCUUGUUUCGAAUGUAAUUGCGGGUGUGGAAACGUCUAAUGUGACCAAAAAAUACAAGAUCGAAAUGUUUAAUAAAAGUGACAAUUUGUCAUGGAGAUUGUUGUGACUGUACAACAGUACUGGUAGAGAUUGAUGUUUAAUACAAUCAAAAAUCAUUUGUGGGAUGUGUUUCAACAUUUUAGUCACAAUGUAGAAGGUGUGAUAAGGAGGAUACGAAAAAAAAAAUAGAAUUUUGAAUACAACAAUUGCGCUGAUACACAGACCAGAUUUCAGGCUAGUCAUUUGAGUUUGUAUAUGGCAAGUCACAAAAUGAUGAUAAAGUUGUAGAUGUCCUGUUUGAUGUCCGCAGUUCCUGAUUGUUUGGAGUCCCUCAUGUUAGUAAAAAUUAUCAAAACAAGUCCUUAUCAUGUUAUUUUUUUUUUUUUAAUUUGAAAAAAAAAUAAUCCAUCAAAAGAGAUGUUUUCUAGAAAUUACUUAAAUCACCAGGCCUAAUGAAAUCUGAUACUGAAAUUUAUACAGCUGUAUCAGAUGGAGAACCUUUCCUGGUGUUUUAAUGCAUUGAUUGAAAAUAUUUCUAUUUUGCUUUUGGAUUAGAUAAUUGCGUCGUCUUCCUUUUCUGGUUGUUAGAGAGAUAGAAAAUUGUAUGGACGUCAAAUAUGUUUUUAAAUGUGUAUGUCAGGUGAGAAAAUAAUAAAUCGAAGUCAAAAUUUGAA